UCUCUCUAACUUUUUUUCUCUCUCCCAUGUUUCGCAUUUCGGUAAUCAUGGGUCCCUCCACAUAAUCCCUUUUUCUUUUCCUCUAUUAAAAUCCUAACAAACCUAACCAAAAUCCCUUCACACUCUCUUCAUUUUCUCUCCCUUUUCUUUCCUCUCAAUUUCCUUCCUCUGUUUUUUUUUUUCUCUCUCUGUUUUCAUUUUCAAUGGCUGAAAAUUUGGAUGACGGUGAGUUCUGGCUUCCGCCGCAGUUUCUCUCCGACGACGACGGUGAUGACACCAUCACCACAAAAGCGAAACCUUCUUCAUUUUCGCUUUUCAACAAUGGUGAAGAUCCUCUGCUUUUUCCUUAUGGAUUCGCUUGCUCUGAUCUCAGUUCACCGAUCGAUUCUCUUGCUGCUUCAAGCGAAACCGAAAGUGACGAUGAUGAACAACUCUUCGCUGAGUUAACUCGUUGCUUGUCUCGUUCCUCUCUCCAUGUUGAUUCCAAAGCCUCUGAGAAUCAUAACAAUAACAAUAACUUGGGAGGUUCACCACAAUCAACCCUAUGUGCUUUUGACUCCAAAUGUCGUAAGGGUUCAAGCCAAGGUAGCUCUAAUGGUGUUUGUGAUGCUGCUUCUUCGAAUGCUACUCUGAAUCUGUUGCAUGCUGCUGCUGGUGAAGUUGAAACAUUGAGAUUGAAUCAACAAACUGUUCCUCAAAGAAAUUCUUCCCCUGUUACUUUACCCAAAAACAACGCUGUUUCACCAAAUGAUUUGAGCUUUUUUGCUCCACAAUCAAUUUCUCAUUAUCAAUUGCAAAUCGCUAAUUUGCAGAGGAUGAGGCAGCAACAGAUUGCUGAAAGGCUGAACACAAUAAGGGAGGGUAUGCAGAGGCAAAAUGGGGGUGUAUUUCAGCAAAGACAAACAAAUGGAAGAAGAAACAACAACGUUGCUGGUUUAGGUCUGUCAUCAUCUGCAUGGCCAACACUACAACAUGCUCAACAACAACAACCACCAAUUCACACUUCUCCACCAUGUUUUCCUAUGGGAGCUGUUUUCCAUGGAAAUGGUUAUGGUAGCAGUACUGGCACUGGUGUGUUCUUACCUCGUCCUGUUGAAUCAAGAAAUUCACCAAAAAAACCAGCUUGUACUACUGCAUAUGUUCCAGCUAGAGUGGCGCAUGCCCUUAACCUAAAGCUUGAAGAUUAUAUAGUGGGGUGCCAGCCGCAUCGUUUUAAUUCCACCUCUAAUGUUGAAAAUGUAGCUGCUGUUGCUCCUCCAAGGCAUAGGGGUAAUAAUGUCAAUUCACAAAAGAAGCGCAGCAAUAAUACUACCAGCAGGCCUCAGCCAGCAGCAGUGAGCAAUGAAAUCAAGCUUCCACAGGAGUGGACGUACUGAUAAUGAUGAAAAUGAUAUGAAAAUGGUCCUGUGAUUUGCUUGGUAGCAUUUUAAGGGAUUUUGAUGUAACAAAAAGAUAAUAGUUUUAUAGAAGAAAAUAGGUCUUUUUUGGUUGUUAAAGUGAAAGGUUAAGUGAAGGAUUUUUGGAUGAAGAUGUAGGAAAAUAAUACAAAGAGGCUAAAAUAAUGUUAGGAGCCUCUUGGAUUAAAAAAAAAAAACAGUGAUUUCAGUUUCUCAGCCUGAAAUUGCAGUGAUAUCAGUUACUUUUUGUUCUUUUUGAUGGGGGUCAUUAGAAAGUCUCUCAAGGAAAGACAAAAAUGGUGGUGGAUGGGUCAAUUUUGUUUAUUUUUUUGUUUGGUUUUAUUAGGGUAAUAAUAAUAGUAAUAAUUGGUUUGUGGAAGACAAAGAAAAAAUUAAGAAGGGGCUUUGACCAGAUUUGCAGUGGUUUUACAGCUCCUUCUUUGAUGCCAACCUGUCCACCUUAGUUACUUACUAUGAAUAAUAAUACAAGGAAUUUUCAUUAUCA